AUGAACCACAAUAAUGACAAAACACCACAGUCUAGUAAUGAUAAUGAUAAUGGAAUUCAGCCCUGCGAUGAAAUAAUGCAGCCUGAUAAUGGCGAAAUUAUAUAUUUGGAAAACUUGACCACGAACUUUAGUUCUUUCUCUCCACAACAAAUUGUGAUACCACCUUUUGUUGGGCAAGUCUUCGAAACGUGGGAUGAU